AUGUGGAUGAUGGGUUGUAGUACUGCUGAUCAUGGAAAUCAACUUAAGCCGCGAAGCUCGUUCAAAGACCUCAAGCUUCGCCCUCUAAUUACUUACAGUCCUGUCAAAACGACCGUCGUUUAUCAAGCAACCCCGGUAACUGAUUGCAGUGCUAAGAGUAGUGCUCAAGAUAAUAAUAAUAGUAGUAUUGUGAAUAUUACUGAGCAACGUCGAAAAAAGGACCUCAAUAUUGCACAAGUAGUGCCAUUACAAAGCACACGGUGGAGUCCAACACCGGAGCAGUUGAUGGCGCUGCAAGAGCUGUACCGACGGGGGACGCGAACUCCGACAGCGCAGCAGAUCCAAGAGAUCACCGCGAAGCUCCGGCGGUUCGGGAAGAUUGAAGGCAAAAAUGUGUUCUACUGGUUUCAGAACCACAAAGCAAGGGACAAAAAGAAGCAGCGCCUCAAAGUGGAUCAGUCUCGUCGCCUAAAGAUCGAACGACAUCAGUAUGAUUAUUCCAAAAGUCUCGGAACUAAAACAUCAGUUUUGUGUUCAGGACCGAGAGUGACAGGUCUUGAAGUUGAGCCGACAAAACGGGAACCUCUCUCAAACUACAGCAGAAUUUCAGAGGAAUCUGUUAAUUCAAUGCCUAGAGUGACAAUAGCUGAGAGACGUACAAACAAGUUGGUUGCAUUUGAGGAGAAAGAGUCGCAACUAAUAAAGAACACACAAGAAAAGCAUGCCUCAUGGAAACCUAUGGAAAUGUCCUAUACUUUUCCCUCUUACAAUAAUGACCUCAAGAGGACCAGAUCCACAGUAAUUUCGGUGACAUUUGAUGAAAAGUUAUUGGAGAAAACUCAAGAUUACAAUGCAUCUUUAAUGCCCAACAGCAAAGAAGGUUUCACCAGUUUUGGGAAUGGAAUUAGUGGAGAAACUACCACUACAACUCUUGAGCUAUUUCCUCUUCUGAGUGACAAUCUUAAGGGUAGUCAGAGUAAAGAUCAGGCUCCAAAAAUUUCUUCCAUGACAAGAGAUUCUGACUUCAAACAAGACCUUUCUUUGAGUUUCUAA